UUAGGUCAUGCUGUCCCUAGAUGAUUAUAGGGAGGGGAAAUGGGAAGUGAAGUGUCUUGUGACCCGUUGGCCUGGAGCUCUUGGCCAAGUGAAGUGUAGAAGUUCAAGGAGGAGUCCUGGACAUUUGCCAAGACAGUAUCUGGGUUUGGGAUGAUGCUUUGGGAUCAUAAGACCUAUGCCUGAGAGAGUGAAUGUCAAUGUGCAUAUGUGUGUAGGGGGAGGUGGACAUGGGAUGGCGUUCCUGUUCUUUUGUAGAUAGAAGAACCUCUAGGCACCCCUACCACGCAGCUUGAGGGGCACUCCUGGGAGGCUGGGGUGUUCAGGGAGGAGCUUGGCAGGGCCCUGACUCCUCUCUGCUGCCCCAGGGCAGCCCAUGGACAGCACCAGCGUGGGAGGUGGCCUGCAGGAGCCAGAGGCCCCGGAAGUGAUGUUUGAGCUGCUCUGGUCUGGGCUGGAGCUGGAUAUCAUGGGGCAGCUGCACAUCCAGGACGAGGAACUGGCAUCCACACGUCCAGGCCGCCGGCUCAGUCUCCUCCUGCAGCACCAUGUGCCCAGUGACCUGGAGGGCGCUGAGCAGCGGCUGCAGCAGUUCCAGGACCUGCAGAAGGGACCCCCUCUUAGCCCUUGGGACUUUGAACAUUUGCUCCUCACAGGCCUGUCCUGUGUCUACCGGGUCCACGUGGCUAGUGAGGCUGAGGAGAGAGGUCGCUGGGCCCAGGUCUUCACCCUCCUGGCACAGGAAACACUCUGGGACCUGUGCAAGGGCUUCUGCCCCCAGGGCCAGCCCCCUUCUCUGGGGCCCUAGGCCUCUACCCUUGACCCCUUCCCCUAAC